CUGCUCUGAGAUCAUUAGCCACCAUGAAACACUACUCCUACCAGGACAAAUCCGCUUGUGGCACUGUAAGGUUUUUCACGUUUACCUUGUCUAUGUUUUCUGAGCUUAGAUAAAUAUUAUUUCCCCACACUUCAUGUUGGUGCAUCGAUUACAGGAAAACCACCAAGAGAUUUUCAUUCAGUCUGGGGUUCCCAGGGAAUUUCUUCACUUACUGGCUGCGAUUCAAGCCAUCCGAACAUGUGUUAAUGUCUAAAGAACAAAGGAUUGUGACACAUGGAAGUUGAAGCAGGAACUGUCAUCCAGUCACACACACAGACACACACACACACGCACCUACUUCACGUGAGGCACAAGCUCUAUUAUGUAACCAUAUUCUUCCGGUUUGACAGUUAGUUCAGAGGGUUGUCACUGAGGUGGAGUUUGACUCGCAGGUUUCAAGGAAAAAGAAAGAGAACGGCUGCAGGCCGAAGGUCUGGCCUCUGUGGAACCCGGCUGUGUGCCAUGGACGCAAUAUACUGACUGACCAAGAUGGGACCGUCUCGCCUCGACUCCCAACCUGUCCACGGCGGCGUUUCCUCAGAUCCAAACCACACGCCUGCCUUCAUCCCAGACCAAAGCGUCGGUUGAAUUUCAACAAUUGACAUCGAAAUGGAGCCAGUAGACAUUCAGUACACCAAACUGCGGUGGUGUUUAACCAUCGCCGGACUGUUGCUGUAUGUUGGGGACAUUGGGACAGACAUCGGACUUGCCGUGAGAUAUUUUCAAAAGGGUGAUUCCGUGUGGGCCGGACUGACACUGGCGUUCGCUCUGGCCGGGCUGCUCGUCACUCAGAUCUUCAGCUACGCCUGGUACGAGGACGACAGGAACGACCCCGUCAUGAGCGCCGUGGGAAAACCCACCGUCUCGGGCCUGUCCAAAGGCAGACUCGCAGUCCUGCACCUAUCCGGCAUGGGCAUCUUCAGCAGGUACUAUCUCCUGCUGAAGAAGGGCUUCAAAGUGCUUUGGACGUCUCCGCAUUCCAAUGCAGCGGCGGAGAGGAACGAUGCGGACCACUGUUUGUUUUGCAUGGCCACGGAUUUGAGCAUGCUCAAACUGUUUGAGACCUUCCUGGAGAGUGUCCCCCAGCUCCUUCUGCAGCUGUACAUACUACUCGCCCACGGGGGCAGCUCAGUCUUGCAGUAUCUCUCCAUGGCGUUCUCCUUCUUCAACAUCGCCUGGUCCCUGGUCGACUAUCGCCGCUGCCUGCGCAGGUCCCUCCCCCGCAUCGCGGCGAUGCCCUCGGGCCUCCCCACAGCCAUCUACCUCCUCUACAAAUUCUGCACCAUCACCAGCCACAUCCUCAGCUACACCCUCCUCCUCGCGCUGAGCCCCUACAGCUCGAUCGGCCUCACAGUCCUGUGGCUGCUGGGGACGACCUGGACGCACGUUCUUCAGACCGACUUCUGCUCGUCGCCAAAGCUUGAGCCUCUGUACCGAGCAGUCAUCGGGGUCAUCCUGACGUUCACCUUCUUCAAUGUCAAAGGGCAGGACGCCAUGGUCCCCAUGACCAUCUACUACUUGUUUUAUUUUUUCGUGAACGUCACGGCUCCUUUGCUGCUGGGUUUGUUAAAGCCGGAAUGGCAGACAGACCCUUUUUUGCUGACGGUCAGCGGUGUAAUCUUUGGGGGGUCGGUGCUGGGGCUGUGCUUCCUCGUGCUGUACUACGGCUUCCUGCAUCCUAAGGAGACGCAGCGGCAGGCAGACGAGGUGGACGGCGUGGACGUCGUGGUGAAGCCGACACGGGCGACACGGAGAAGAAACAACUUUUUACAGCCCGGAUAAUUCAUUUCUGGUUGCGGGAGCGCAGAGGAAAAGAUGUUUUGAAACCAUCUGUAAAAGACCUUUUGUCAGUUAUGUUAUCGUAUUCCGAGGGAAGCAAUUAAGGUGGCACAAAGUUGAGUGUGUGAAAUACUUUGUAUUUAUUAAUGUUUUCGUGAACGUUUCAAUGAAUGACAUAUUUAUUGUUAGCAGAAAAAGAGUAUUUGUAUUUCUGUUGGCUGGGUGAGAAGAUGCUUUCUUAUUAAGCCUGCAGCGCAUGUGCUGAACACAAGGUGGCGCUGCUGUCUAGGGGGACUUUAUCCAGUGUCGCUGCUGAACUGCUGGACUCGUAUCUCCAAAAACCACCUUUCUUUCAGACAGGAAACAUGCAAUAAUAUCUCACAACUUUUCUAAUCACAUCAAUAUAUUCUCCCUUGAUAUUUCAAAUGGAAAAUGAUUUAAUAUAUUAUGACUGAGAUCUCACAAUACUUGAAAGCCAUUAUUGUUAUUGUUUACAGUGCAAAUAGUAAUUUUAUGAUUUAAGCCAAUCCGCAAUUAUUCUGUUCUUUGUUUGAAGUCUGACGUUUGAAGCAUGUUAAAUUCCUUUUAAACAUU